GACGUCGCCUCUCGUCACCAGUGUGUCUCAGACCGCAGACAUGACCAGUGUCCUCGUCCACGUCCUGCUAGGGGUCGUCAGCCUCACCCUCCUACACACAGUAGUGGAGGCUGAGAUGUGUGAAGUCGUCACCAUUAUCAAAGAGUCGCAAAACACCUACGACGGGAACUUCACCUCAGAGACUCUGGUGCCCAUAGAAGGUCUGGACGUGAUCCUAACCUUCGACAGCCCCGUGGACAGCAUGGCGUUCUGGGACGGCGCCAUAACGAGGAUAGACGAUACACACUACGAAAUCACCAACACUAAGUUCUUCGAGACGGGCAGCUACGUGGUGUUCCAUUUCCAGGUGAUGUACAAGGGAAGCACGAGGCCUGAUAUUAUCUCUGUUGAGUUGAACGGCCAAGAAUCCUGCGAUGGACAGCUACAGUGGACAACCGUCGCUCCCUACACCAACCCUUGUGAGGCCACAGGCAUGGAGAAAUACGACUACGCUCAGGCACUGUGUAUGGCUAUCUUGUUCUACGAGGCUCAGAGGUCCGGGAAAUUACCAGAGGACCAGCGCGUCCAACCCUGGAGGUGGGACUCUGCCAUGGACGACGGUGCUGAUGUGGGUCACGACCUUACUGGCGGCUACUACGACGCUGGUGACCACGUCAAGUUCGGCUUCCCGAUGGCCUACACAGCCACCGUCCUGGCCUGGGGACUCAUAGACUUUGCUGAAGGAUACGAGGCAGCUGGUCAGACGGACUACGGUCGUGCGGCCGUCAAGUGGGCCACUGACUACUUCCUCAAGGCCCACACCGCUGAGUACGAACUGUACGGCCAGGCUGGCAACGGAGAAGCUGACCACGACUUUUGGGGCCGCCCUGAGGACAUGCACAUGCCUCGACCUUCCUACAAGAUUGAUAAAGACGCCCCAGGAACUGAGUUGGCUUGUGAGACCGCCGCCGCCCUCGUUGCUGCAUCUAUCAUCUUCAAGGAGGAUGACCCCGACUACUCGGCUGAGAUGUUGGAGGUGGCCAAGGAGCUCUAUGCCUUCGGCGAUGAGUACCGUAUGGAGUACCACAAGUCCAUCACUGACGCCACAAACUUUUACAGGUCGUGGAGCGGGUACGGAGACGAGCUGCUGUGGGGCGCACUGUGGCUGUACCGCGCCACAGGAGACGACACCUACCUCACCAAAGCUCAGGAGGCCUGGGAUGAGUUUAACCUGGGCGAGGACCCGAUGGAGUUUUCUUGGGACGACAAGAAGGUCGGCUCCUAUGCACUGGGCAUGAUGCUGGACCCAGACAAUACCAAGUACGAGGACAGCCUGAAGGCCUUCCUGAAAUAUUUGCAGGAAGACGCCCCGUACACCCCAGGAGGUCUUGUGUACCUCAACGAGUGGGGUUCCAACCGUCACGCCGCCAAUGUCGCCUUCAUCGCUCUCUGGGCGGCCAAGUACGGAGACCCAGCCGACGCGGACACCAACAGACAGUGGGCUGAGGGCCAGAUCAACUACAUGUUGGGUGAUAUCGGUCACUCCUUCGUGAUAGGGUUUGGUGUAGACCCUCCCUCACACCCCCACCACCGCUCCAGCUCGUGUCCGAUCCCCCCAGACUCGUGUCUCAAGGACAGGUGGGGAUACACCCAGCCAGGGCCCAACCCUCAUACCCUCUACGGCGCCCUCGUUGGCGGUCCUGCAAAGGACGGAUCCUACACCGACGUACGUUCAGACUUCCAGCACAAUGAGGUGGCGUGUGACUAUAACGCCGCGUUCGCUGGUGCUCUCUCUGCCAUGGUCGAGAACAACUAGAAGGCGGUCGUCCAGGUAGCUGACACUAUAAACCACAUGCGACAAGGGGAUAAAAUAGUGACCCCUUUAAAGUGAGAGAAAUCGACGAUAGUAUAGAAAAUAAGGGUUAUAGAUCUGCUAGUCGGUAUAAAAUGAACUGAAUUCAAACAAACACACAUACAAGGAAAAUGAUAUCUAUACUAGCUGUUUCAGAACUCGAUGUGAGGAUACACACACACACACACACACACACACACACACACACACACACACACACACACAGUAGUCCCAGUUGUCCACUUAAGUUAGUCAUAAACAAAUAAAAAACAAAGAAAAAUGUUUUG